AUGGCUACUGGAUGGAGAAAACUUUUACCUCAUUUAAGAGUGCUUCCAGACGAGGAACAUGUAGAAGAUGCUAGUUUAACUAUUGAUACGGAAUCUGACGUUGCUAUUAAAUAUCAUGAUAAUAUUUCUAGUGUCGAUAAAAAUAGCGUUGACAAGGACUUAGGUACCAUACACGAAAUUUCUGUCAGUUAUAAUCAAUUAAAUAAAGAAAUGCCUUAUGAAUUGAGAGAUGAGGCCGGUAGAAAAUGGUGGAAGUAUUUCGAUGAGUUUGAAUACAGAUUAAACAAACAACGCAUGGAGUCAAGAAGUUGGUACGAAUUUUUAUAUCCAAAUCAUAAAGAACAUAGUAAAGCUGAACGUAGGUUACUUUAUAAAUUGGAUCUUAUCAUUGGUGUUUAUUUUCUGAUGCUUUGUUGGUCCAAAUCUGUUGACACUAACAAUUACACCAAUGCAUAUGUUUCAAACAUGAAAGAGGACUUGAAUAUGAAAGGUAAUGAUUAUAUCCAUACAUCCACUAUCGGUAAUGUUGGGUCCAUUGUCUUUCAACUUCCAUUUAUGUAUCUUUUACCUAGAUAUCCUGCUCAUUUAAUUCUACCUAUAAUGGAUUUUGGUUGGGCAUGGUUUACUUUCGCAUGUUACAGAGUUAAAUCUCUAGGGGAAUUACAAGCUUAUAGAUUUAUCUUAAAUGCAUUUGGUGCUGCGUAUUAUCCGGUCUCACAGUAUGUGUUAGGUUGUUGGUAUGCACCUGAUGAGUUAAGUUCCAGGGUUUGUUUAUUCUUUUGCGGUCAAUUAUUAGGUGGGGUUACAUCUGGGUUACUCCAGGCAAGGAUUUUCAAGAGUUUAGAUGGUGUCAAUGGUCUAGCUGGAUGGAGAUGGAUGUUCUUGAUUGAUGCCAUAGCCAUUUCGAUCCCUACAGCAAUUAUUGGAUUUUUCGUCAUCCCAGGUAUCCCAUCAAAAUGUUAUUCAUUAUUUUUGACAGAUGAAGAAAUUUUGAUUGCUAGAGCAAGAAAUAAGAGAAACCAAAUUACUGAUGGAGUUGAUAAAUCAAAGUUAACUUCAUUAUUUAGUAAAAAAAUAUGGAAACAAGUAUUUUUAACGCCAACUUUCUGGGUACUAGUUGUAUUUGACACAUGUUCAUGGAAUAAUAUGACUGCUUUUAGUGGAUCUUAUACUUUAUGGUUGAAAUCAAAUUACGAGUACACUAUCGAACAAGUUAAUAAUCUGAGUGUUAUCCCUGCUUGCCUAGGUUUUGCAUAUGUCUUCUUCUGUUCCUUCGGUGCAGAUAUUUUUCAUUGUAAGUGGAUCUUUAUGGUAUUUGCUGCUAUCAUGAAUACUGUAUCUUGUGCUCUUUUAAUCAAAUGGGAUAUUUCUGCUAGAUCCAAAUGGUAUGCCUUUUUGACAACAUAUUUCAGUAUAUCUGCAUCCCCUUGUCUGUGGUCAUUUAUUAACGAUUUCUUAAGAUUUGAUCCACAAGUAAAAGCUGUAACAUGGAUUGCCAUAUACUCAUUUUCUCAAUCUACGUAUGCAUGGAUUCCUAAUUUGGCUUGGCAGACUACCGAUUCACCAAGAUUCAAGACUGGUUAUAUUGUUAGUUUAAUAUUUGGUGCAAUUUAUGGUUUAUGGACAUUUGUAGUCUUAUAUUUAUACAAGAAAAAUGAAAAGAAACAUGCAUUAGGAAAUGGUAUCAUUAUCUAUGAUUCCAGUAAAGACCAAAUACCUCCAGCUUUUGUAACGGAGGAUAUGGAAUUGAGAGAUGACGGUUAUUAUUAUCUGAAGGACACUUUUUAA